AGUGGGGAGGGUCAGAAGUGGCUAAUUUGUCAGCGAUACAGACACAUAUCACUUCAGUGAGCGCGACACAAGCCAACAUGAACUACAACUGGGUUGGUGCCGCCGUACUCAUCCUCAUAGUCAUCAUAUCAGGUGGUGAUGCGAGGAGGGGACGAGGCAAAGGUCGGACAAAGAGCAGGGUCCAAAUCGGAAUGCCCAUCAAUGGCAAGUACCGAGAUCCAGAGUCUGACCAAUAUUACAACAAUAACGAUGGAGCGAAAAUUAUCGUGGCAUCUCAUUUUGAUUUUGAAUUUGUGCUCGGACACAAAAUAGUGUUUCUUUGCACUGCAAAGGGGAAGCCUCGUCCACAAAUCACUUGGUACAAAGAUGGAGUUGAGCUCUAUGCUCACGCAUUUCUGCAUGUUCACGAGUGGGAACUGGGAAAGGACAGAAUGAAGUCAAAGUUGGAAAUCGAUCCAGCAACCCAAAUGGACGCUGGAGUUUACGAGUGCUUUGCAGACAACAAGUUCUCUAUUGACAGACGCACUUUCAAAACAGACUUCAGCAUUGCCUUUGAUUAGAGUGUGGCCCCAAGAUUCUCUCCGCAGCGUGCGCAUUACGUAUUCAAAUGCAGCAAUGAAACACAACGGCGAGUCCAUUCAUAACUACUCUCUUCCUGCCCGCUGGCAACGCAAAGUACAACAACCAUCUGGCAUUAUAGCGGCUGCCCGCUUUUUGACCAAAUAAUACAAUUAAUCCUAAUAUUUUGUUGCUCGCUCUUUCCUGUAAACGGAACAAUAAAAAUGCUCUAUUUACAAAUUUAAAA